AUGGCCCUGAAAGUUGAAGUUUAUCAAAAGGAGAAAGUGAGGCCAUCUUCACCAACUCCCCAAACCUUGAGAUACCACAAGCUUUCUCUCCUUGACGUACUCGCCGGACCUUUUUAUGGGCCCCAUGUUUUGUUCUACCCCUCCGGCGCCGGCCCUCGUCGCCACGAUUAUGAUGAGCUCAAGGAAUCGCUCUCUAAGGCAUUGUCUAUCUUGUACCCGCUGGCCGGAAGGCUUAAAGAUGGAUCAAUAAUCGAAUGCAACGAUGAGGGUGCGGAUUUCGUCCGAGCUAAUGUUACGAAUUAUAAUUUGGGUGAGUUUCUUUGGCACCCGAAGAUGGAAGAUCUACGGCAGCUGCUUCCACUUGACCCCUACCCAGACGCUAUUGAUCCGGCCAUGCCAAUGUUAGCUGUUCAGGUGACCAGGUUCCGGUGCGGCGGAACUGCGGUGGCGUUCUGCACUUGGCACGGGGUGACGGACGGUGGUGGGAUGACCGGAUUGUAUAACAUCUUGGCGGGAAUCAACCGGGGGGAAGGACCCACUGAUUCCGCCGGCGGUCUCGUCGUGGACGUCGCCGCAAUGUUCUCUCCGGCGAUUUCCAGUAUCUCCCAGAUAAUGCUCACUGCCUAUGCGGGAACGAAAAAGGAGUUGCGGAAAUACACCACGAAAAGAAUUGUUUUUAGCAAGCAGGAUAUCGAGCGGAUCAGGAACCAGUACAGCCAAUCGGAGCAUCACCGCCGUCCAUCUCGAGUGGAGGCGCUGUCAGCGUUCUUGUGGGCGGCGGUGAUAAGAGCAACUCUACCGGUGAACCCAAUCCUCAAGGCCCACUGGCUCUCACAUAUUGUGAACUUUCGAAAGAAGUUGAACCCGCCCUUACCUUCGCAAUGCCUAGGCAACAUCCUCCACGGGACUUACGCCGAGUGGGAAGUAGGCGGCGGCGAACCGGUUACUGGCCGGUCGCUUGUAGGAAGAGUGGUGGAAGCCAUGAACAAGUUUACAAGCGACUACCUGAUGAGGGAAAUGCAAGCUGAGGGUGGGUUUCUCAAAUCGGUAAGAGCACGACGAUCAAAGAUAAGUGAUUAUAAUAAAGGUGAGAUUAAAGUUUUAAGUAUAAGUAGUUUGUGUAAAAUUCCCUUUGGUGAAGUUGAUUUUGGGUGGGGCAAGCCAAUAUGGAUUGGCAUUCCUCAAACAUUCGUGGACCUUGCACUUUUCGUGGAUACUGAAAAUGGGGGAGUAGAACUGUGGAUUGGAUUGGAACAUGAAGUUAUGUGCAAUUUAGACAAGGACACGGAAUUUCAAUCAUAUGUGUCGUUUGCCCAUGUCCUUUAUGAAUCGUCUUGUUGUCUAAGAAGUGCACUUUAA